AAAAGAUGUGAACUGUCUUGUAAAGCGGAAGGUCAUCAUUAUUAUAGAAGCUUAGAUGCGAUACUCAGUGAUGGUAUACCAUGUAAACUUGAUAAUAACUCUUAUUGUUUAUCUGGUGUUUGUUUGUCAGUUGGUUGUGAUGGAAUAUUGGGAUCUCAAGCGAAGAGAGAUAGCUGUGGUGUGUGUAAUGGUAAUGGCAAUAGCUGUCAAAUUAUAUCGGGAAUAUUUACCAGAUCACAUUUAAGUAAACAAGGUUAUAAUCAUAUUACUAAAAUACCACGGGGAGCCUGUAAUAUUAACAUUACUGAAAUGGCUAAAAGUAGGAAUUACUUGGCACUAAAAUUAACUGAUGGUAAAUAUAUCAUUAAUGGUAAUAUACAGUUAAGGAGAACUGGUAGUUUUAAAGCAGCUGGAACGGAGUUUACAUAUUAUAAAAAUACAGGACCUAGCUGUCCCGGAGAAUGUAUUUAUUCUACAGGUCCUACCAACAACAGUAUUGACGUUGAAGUAUUGUAUUAUCAUCGCAAUCCGGGCAUAAUCUACCAGUUUACAAUACCACAUGAACAGGUCGAAGAGCUGGGUUUACCUUCUUCACGAUUGAAUCAACAGAGUGUGGUCUCAAGAACUGGACAGUACAUUAUACCUUCAGCCAAAUCUUCUUACCUUACACUGACUGAUACCAGUAACCCUUAUCAACCCAAUCCAAUACUACAGAGUCAUGAUAGAAACCUGGUUGAUAAAAGUGGAUUAUAUUCCUGGAGAAUUUCAGGCUUUACAGAAUGUUCUAGAUCGUGUGGUGGCGGUACCCAGAAAACGCGUGUUUUAUGUAUGAAAGGAACAUCCAAUGUAGAAGUAACAGAAGAAAAUUGUGACCCCUCAACUAGACCCCAAGAACAAACAGUGGGCUGUAACAAUUCCCCUUGUCCAUCAGCAGAAUGGUUUAUUGGUAACUGGACUAGUUGUAGUGUUACGUGUGGUGUGGGAAAACAGAACAGAUUGGUCGAGUGUAGAAGAAGGAUAUCAUCAACACUAGAAGUUAGUGUAUCAGCAACACUAUGUUUAAAUACACCAAAACCAACCAGAACUAAGAGAUGUAGUAAUUCACCUUGUGCUACCUGGAACGCCGGAAACUGGAGCAAGUGUUCAGCUGAAUGUGGUCAUGGACAAAGAUCAAGAACAGUAAACUGUAAAGAUAUGAAUGGUAAAAUCACAGAUAUAUCACAAUGUGACCGACAGAAACCAAAAACAGAAGAAAUCUGUGAUAUGGGAUCAUGUGCUGAAGGAUGGUACCACACACGAUGGUCAGAUGAGUGUUCUGCUCAUUGUGGUCGAGGAUUCUAUACCAGAAAGAUAUUUUGUGCUGCUGACGAUGGUUCAACUUUACCAGAUAAAAGAUGCCCCAUUGCUAAAAAGCCCAAAACAAAGAAGACUUGUAAGUCAGACCUUCCUUGUGGUGGUAACUGGUUUACUGGGCCGUGGUCAAAGUGUAAUGCUACUUGUGGACAUGGUGUAUUAGAGAGGGGUGUUGUUUGUAUGAAGAGAUUAAGAUCAGAGGUUUAUACCGUAGUUAAAGAUGUGAACUGUCUAACAGACGAAAAACCAGAAUCGACCAAAGAUUGUGGAGAAUUACCUCCUUGCCAACCAACCUGGUAUAUGACAGAAUAUAGUCAGUGUACUAAGAGUUGUGAUACUGGCGUUAAAAAGAGAGAAGUCAAGUGUUUGAAUGCUGAUUUACAACCGGAUAUGACGUGUAAUAAGAGAAAAAGACCAGCAACCAGACAAAGUUGUAAUAAAGAGUCUUUUUAUUUUCCUGUCAUUCCAGAUGAUAAUUGUAAAGACACCUAUCCUGACUGGUGCCAGUUUGUUCACCAAGCUAGAAUCUGUGGCUAUAAAUAUUAUCAAAAACAAUGCUGCAAGUCUUGU